CGUAGCGGCAUUGUUCCCAAGCGUUCCAGUGAAGGAUGCUCUGAACCUUUUGGAGGACUGGCUACUAGGACAACGGACGGAUACAACAUGGCGAGGAAAGGUAAAGAUGUAUCUCAAGCUUGCAAGAUUAUGCAUGAAUGAGAACUACUUUACAUUCCGUGGAAGCUUCUACAAACAAACGAAGGGUGCACCUAUGGGAAAUCCGCUAUCACCGUUUUUGUGCGAAUUAUUCAUGGCGAAUUUGGAGGACAACCUAGAGGAACAAGGAGUACUACCCGAGAAGUGGUGGAGAUACGUGGACGACAUUUUCAGCAUCAUCAACCGGAAAGAUCUACCCAGGAUUUUGGAAGCGAUAAACAACGUGCAUAAAGACAUCAAAUUCACCCACGAGGAGGAAAAGGAAGGAAGCCCACCAACACCAUGAGAGUCAUCCCAUACACAUCAAAUCAUUCGUAUCAGCAUAAAAUGGCAGCUUUUCAUCACAUGAUCCACAGGAUGCAGACGAUUCCCCUGAGCGAAGAAGGAAAAACGAAGGAGCUACAACACAUCUUGGAAACAGCGAGGAUCAAUGGAUACAAGGAAAGAACAAUACAAGC